GCUCUGGACCGGAAGCCGGACUCGCCUUCCCGUCAUGCCGCGCGCCUCCAUUGUGGCCGAGCCCGCCUCCCAUUGGACGGCCGGGGAAAGGGAGCCCGCUCCCCUCCCGCUGACACAAUAGUGGAUCCAAGAUGGCGGAUGCGGGUGCAGCGAGCUUACCUGGGGGAGACCCGGCGCUGUCGCCGCCGCCGCCGCCGCCUCCCCCGCCGCCUCCGCCGCCGGAGGAGCAGGAGCUGAGCCAGCGCCUCCGCCGCCUCUACCCGGCCGUCAACCCGGACGAGACGCCGCUGCCGCGCGCCUGGAGCCCCAAGGACAAGUACAGCUACAUCGGCCUCUCCCAGAGCAACCUGCGCGUCCACUACAAAGGACAUGGGAAAAAUCACAAGGAUGCUGCUUCUGUCAGGGCUACCCACCCCAUCCCUGCAGCCUGUGGAAUUUAUUAUUUUGAAGUGAAGAUAGUUAGUAAAGGAAGAGAUGGGUACAUGGGAAUAGGACUCUCUGCCCAAGGUGUCAACAUGAACAGACUUCCUGGUUGGGAUAAGCAUUCCUAUGGCUAUCAUGGCGAUGAUGGACACUCCUUCUGCUCAUCAGGGACAGGGCAGCCCUACGGCCCCACUUUCACUACUGGCGAUGUAAUUGGCUGCUGUGUGAACCUCAUCAACAACACCUGCUUCUACACAAAGAAUGGGCACAGUUUAGGUAUAGCCUUCACAGACCUUCCUGCCAAUCUAUAUCCCACUGUGGGGCUCCAGACACCCGGAGAGAUUGUGGAUGCCAACUUUGGGCAACAGCCAUUUGUGUUCGACAUUGAAGACUAUAUGAGAGAGUGGCGAGCAAAGAUUCAGGGCACGAUUAAAAGGUUUCCCAUAGGUGACCGGCUAGGCGAAUGGCAAGCCAUGUUACAGAACAUGGUCUCUUCCUAUCUGGUACAUCAUGGAUAUUGUGCUACAGCAACUGCCUUCGCCCGUGUGACGGAAAGUACAGUCCAGGAGGAACAGAUCUCCAUAAAGAACAGACAAAGAAUACAAAAGCUGGUUUUGGCAGGAAGAGUAGGUGAAGCCAUUGACGCAACAGAGCAGCUCUAUCCAGGCCUUCUAGAGCACAAUCCUAACCUGUUGUUCAUGUUAAAGUGCCGGCAGUUUGUGGAGAUGGUGAAUGGAACAGACAGUGAAGUGCGCUUUUUCAGUACCCGCAGCCCCAAAUCACAAGACAGCUACCCGGAUUCCCCCAAUCUGAGCCCCCGACAUGGCUCCAAUAAUUUGCACAUCCACGUCACUGGAGCAGACAGCCCAAGCUGUAGCAAUGGGGUGACCUCCAUAAAAAGCAAGCAGAGCCACAGUAAAUAUCCUGCACUGAGUUCGUCGUCCUCCUCCUCCUCUUCAUCAUCCCCUUCCUCCGUGAACUACUCGGAGUCCAACUCAACAGAUUCUACCAAAUCCCAGCAUCACAGCAGCACUAGCAACCAAGAAACCAGUGACAGCGAGAUGGAGAUGGAGGCGGAGCACUAUCCCAACGGAAUCCUGGAGAAUUCAGCCACCCGAAUAAUGAAUGGCACUUACAAGCAUGAAGAAAUUCUACAGACUGAUGAUUCCAGCAUGGAAGACGGCUGCCCACAGAGGCAACUCUGUGGAGGGAACCACGCUGCCACCGAGCGGAUGAUCCAGUUCGGGCGGGAGCUCCAGAUCCUCAGCGAGCAGCUAUGCAGAGACUACGGCAAGAACAUGGCCCACAAAAAAAUGUUACAGGAUGCAUUCAGCUUGUUAGCCUACUCUGAUCCUUGGAACUGUCCAGUCGGUCAGCAGCUGGAUCCGGUCCAGAGGGAGCCGGUGUGUGCUGCACUCAAUAGCGCUAUUUUGGAGUCUCAGAACCUGCCAAAGCAGCCCCCCCUGCUGCUCGCCCUGGGCCAGGCCUCGGAGUGCUUGCGACUCAUGGCGCGCGUGGGCCUGGGCUCCUGCUCCUUCGCCAGAGUGGACGACUAUUUGCACUAGCCACUGAGUGAGGCAGAGUGACCCCUCCAGUUGCUGCCCUUUCACCUCUUCCUGCCUUGCGGUUUCUCACCUGCGCCUGCCCUCCACCCGCUGCCCAGCAGAAGGACACAGCGUUGACUGAGGCGGGAGGGGAGGAGGAGGAGAGGACCCUUGAUGCGCCUUCUUCGUUGCUCACCCUGGAAACUGCUCGCAGGGUUCCCCCCCCCCGCCCCAUCCCGCCCUCCCAUCACGGCCGCAUCCUUCUCUGCCCCACCCACAGCACUUGGCCUUCUCACUGGUCCUUCUGAUGUAGCGCCUUCUGACUUUAGGAUUUUACCUUUUAUUUUAUUAUGUUAUUUUAUUUGUCUGACUGAGCCACCCAGUAUUUAUACCUGGAGAGUUUGUGCUGAGCUGGUUUCUAAUUCAUUUAGAGAUAAAAAGUGUAUCUGAGUUGGUGACGGCCUGUUUUGCUUUUUUGUUUUAACUUUAUUUUUACGUUCGGAGAAACUUAACUGGCCCGUGUGCUACUUUGGACAGUAUUGUUCACUGUUGCUGGUCCUCAUAAAAAAACCAGGAGUCUGAAUGUGCUUGUUGGAAUAUUAGCCAUGCGAUCCAAACAAAAAGAGUUGAUCUUCUUUUUUCUGUGCCUCUGACACACAGCCCUGAGAAACCCUACGGAUGCAGCCUGGGAACCAAUCUGGGCUAAGCUUGGGAACAAUAAAAGGAUCUGUUCCCAACUGUCCCUUGAAUAGGAUAUCCUGCAAUGCUUGGAAAGAGAACUGGUGUGACCUGAGUUAUGUCCCCAAACUCUGUGGAGAAGCAGUAAGAGCUCGUACGGCAAUCAGACACGAGGGCAUCGCUGUGGGAAUUCGUCGCUGAGCUACAACUUCCCAAACUGCCGGUGAUUGGCCAUGCCGACUGGGUUACUCGGAGCUUGACAACCUCUGGAGGAACACAGGGUUUCCUUCUCCUCCAUCAGAGCAAUUGAUCCUAGGCUGAUGCUAGGAGACUUCUCCUUUGUCACGUCUGCUCACAUUUAGGCAACUCACAAUCUAAAACUUGUCUCAAAGAGGAAGGAGAAGAGAGCUUCCUAAUCCUGGUAGCCAAACGGCUGCCUGGAAUGGAAUCGAGGUGGAACGGAAAAUGGGAGCUCUGCAUUAGUCAAACAUUUUCUUCCUUCUUUCCUCCCUUUUAAUCUAGAGGCUUCUCCCUAAGAUCUUUCCUUAUGGAGUGGAUGUACGUUCUCCAGGUCAGUUGUGAACCAUGAAAAGAUGAGUCUUCAACAUGUCAAGAAUCCCCCUGACCAGUCUUUUGAGUUUGUGAAGCCAACUUUUUAUUUCGUCGUUUCAUUGCCUCCAUGCCUUUGAUGUUACACUGAUAGGACAAUAGUACAAAAGCCUCGUUUUUAUCCUGCUUACCCCCACUUGAAAAGAGGGCGUAAGGCAAUAUUCUUUCUUUUUUUUUAAAAAAAAAAAAGAAAAACACAGUUUUACUCCAAGGAAUAGCCUUUUUAAAAAGAAAGAAAGAAAGAAAGAAAGAAAGAAAGAAAGAAAGAAAGAAAGAAAGAAAGAAAGAAAGAGAAAGGGAAAAUUUGGGAAUCAUUUUCCAGACUUAACAUAUUGUAAGAAUCCUUACAAAAUACUGCUGGAAUAACAGGUUGGAAACGCCAGUCUAAUUUAAUUUACCCAAGUGACUUAUACCCACAUAUUUGUGUAGUACAACAGAGGAAUCCUGCUGUACUAAAAGCUUGUUAACAUUUGAAAUACAGUUAAUUGGCUUGCCAGUAUGUUUCAAUAUUUUGCCGAGCUUUUAAAAUAGUUUUUCUAUUGGGAAGAAUUUUUUAAAAUCCAGAAGCUCAGCAGGCAAGGCAUUUUAAUGAAAGCUGAGCACUUGCAGAAGAUAACACAAAAGAGAGGUUUCUGAUUUGAUAAAGAAAAGGCUUCCAUUGAGGGUGAACUUUAAUUGCAGUAGCAUAGAAAUGACUUUUGGGUGGAGUUAAGGACUUGUAGCUGUAAUGAAAAAAAAUAUGCAUCUAUGCACGGAUGAAGUACAUUUGGAAUAUUAUGCAAGCAUCACCAGGUAGGCGGAACCUGGAGAAAUAAUAAGGUGGUGCAACCUCCGCUGAUUACUGCGAGGGUCCUGCGGCUGCUUAGCAGGGGCCAGCUUUGGCUUUCAGGUUUCUACGUAAGACAUGCCAAGUUCAGAAGACCUAGCACUACUGCCUUCUUGGCAGAUCAGGACUGAAUUUUAGUGCCAGAUACUGAAAGAAAAAUGGGCACAUUAAAGAAUUGACUAAAUAGAAAAGGCAGUUUCAGAUUCUGAUUACAUUGCAUAGUUUGGCUGUUAUGGCUACCUUGUGCUGAUUAGGUCAAAAUGAAAUUAUUAUUUUUUUGUUCGCACUUUUGACAAGCAGAAAUAUCCAUCCAGCAUCCCUUUUGCUCAGAUGGUCACAAAGUUGUACAUUUACGGUUAUUGGAUCUUAACCUUGCCUUACACCUUUUAAGGACUUGUAAUUAUAACACCAACUCACAAAAUUACAGGAGCACCAAAUAAUUAGUGCCAACUUAAAAGCGGAAUGUUUUGCCCACCAUCCAUCUUUUGUAACUUCUUAUAUGGCAAAGGUCUGCAUCAGCAUCACCACCAGCUCUCUCUCUCUCUAGCCUGCUGCAUUUGCUUUUAGGCUUCAUAAGAGUUCCCAGCGUUUGAAUUCCGAUUUUAAAUGUUCACCAUCUUAAGAUGAGCUUCAGCAAACCAAGCUCUUGCUUGUUUGGAAGCAGAUUUUUUUUUCCUGCUUGCUUUGUUUUCUCUGGUUUCCAUCUCAUCUCUUUUUCAAGUUGCUUCAGGAAGUUUUUUUGUUGUUGUUGCUGCUGUUGUUCUUUGCUGUCUGCUGCUUUUUUCCAAGUUCUGGCUUCUUUGCCAUCUUUUGCUUAAAAGUCAAGCGUUUUCAUGGCAGUUUUUACACUCCUAAGAUUUUUUUUUUUCUCAGAUAAGCUAGUUAGUGAUGCGGUAAUGCCAAUUUUGUAAAAGAGCAGGUUUAACUUUUGCUCAAAGACAAUCUGCAUUUGGUGGCUCAACAUUUUGAUGCCUCAGUCCUGGGCAGGUGAAAUUUAAUUUAGGAAGUAUUCGAGUCAACGCUAUGCCUGGUUGAGAUGUUUAUGAGUCACUUAGAAUGUGAUCUAAGAUAAUCAGAUAUUUGAAUACUAGUUAUAAUUGCUUUAAAGAGACCACAGUACAUAUAUUAUGGGAAAGGAUUGUUUGAAAUCCUACGGAACCUUUGAAGGGAAGAAGAUUUAAAUUGCGUUUGCGGUUAAAGCCUUUCACCAUUUUCAUGGGCACAAAAAUAGCACAUAAUAUUGGAGUUCUCCAAACUUAGAUCAGCAAAAGGGGUGGGAGGAGUGUCUAGCCUGAAAGCCACAGUUUACAUUUAGUCUCAAUUUUAAGAUGAAACCUGACAAGAGAUUAUUAGGUUCUGCCAAUGAUAAUGAGAUUGUAUCUAGCACCUAUUUUAGGAUAUAUUUCCUUUUUAAAAAAUAGUUUUUAUUAAAAGAUUUUACAUAGAUAAGCAGUUCAAAGAAAAAAAAUAUUUUCUUUUUGACACCAUCUGGCUGAUUUUGGUCACCCUGCCAGAAGCCUUUUGCAAACAAUCCAUCUGAUUCCAGGUUUUUAUCAACCACUAAUCAGAAGAACGGUAACGAAGGCCUGGCAACUAUUUUUCUGAUCAUUUGCCAUGUUGAUCAUACUUUAGACUAGAAAUCGCUGCCCAUGGUGUCUGUAAAAUGGACACUGGGAAAUCCCAAAUGCAAGUGUCGAUUAUCGUCUACUAUAGCGGUGGAAUAAUCUGCAAUUGUGCUUUCACAACUGACAACAAUGGCUAAUUAUAGUUCAACGUCUCUGGAGGGCAUUAGAAUAGGAAGGAUUGUUAAUUGAGAGGAAUUUCAGAGCCUUUCAGGUGUUCAAAGAACCAUCUCAUUUUUCUUCCAUGUAGCUUUUGCAACCAGUUUCAGGAGUUGUUGGCUGUAAAUUAGAAAGUUCUAGUACCGGAAUGUCACCUACCAAUGAUUCAAACUGGCUAGCUUGAAUGUCAAUCAUCACUUUUUGCAACAAGGAACAGCCGUUACGUCAACAAGAAUUGGUGCUUCAUUUAUCGCCAUUAUGGUCCUCAGCAUUCUGUAACCAAAUAAAUGUGCCAAAUCCUCUUAUCCAGUGGAUUUAUUUACCAGUGUUGUUUUGGGCACUUGUUUUGGGAAUAUUUGAGAUGUAUAAUAGAUGUAGAAGAACGUUAAUGGUCACCAUCGAAUAAGUUCGUUCAAAUCUUUGGACUUGAGGGUUGUUUUUUUUCUUUUAAAAAAAAAUUGGGCUGGAGGCGUAAGAUUUGGGUGCCAUCUGUCAUCUUGAACUAGCAAGAAAGAUUGCUGGCAGGCCUAAUUGGAUUACAUUUUGGAUCUGACAUUAAAAAAAAAAAGAAAAGAAACACGGAGUUUUUUAUUUUUCUCUUCCUCUCGCUUGUUUGCAAACUCAGGUACCAGCUCUGGCAUGGCAUCUCAAACCCUUUUCGUUUCAACGAUUUCUUUAUGAUACCAACUGUUAAGGAUUUUUUUUUUUUAAAAGUAUCCUAUCAAACAAACAGGCCAAGCAGAAUGUGGGGUUCCACCAGGCUUCCGCAAUCUCAACUUUUCAUUUUCCUGUGAUUUGAGGACUUGACGGAUCUCCUUCCAAGCUACGCACAUUGGAUCAGUUUCUGCUUAGUAUUUGUGAGUUCAGUUAAACCAACUCUAGCAUGAAAACCUUCCCAAAGGAGGACAUUUUAACUGACAAAAAAACAAACAAAAAAAGAGUGAGAGAAAUUGUACUGGAAAUAUAGAAACCCCCACAGUCUGUUGUAUUUUGACAGAAUUAUUUUUAUUAAAAUAUGCAUCUGUGCA